AUGGCAGAUUCUACCGUGCCAGCAAUUCAGGACCUUGAUGAGGAGGCCUAUGACUCAGCUGAAGAUGAAGAUUUCUCGCUAGACGCGGCACAGGACGACUCAGACUUAUCUUCCGACGCCGAUGAGACUGGAGAGCCCGCAGAGCCCGCAAAGAAGAAGCGAAAGACAGACAAAAAACCCCAGAUCCCAAGCGCAGAGCUUGACUCUGGAGAUGAGGCUACGAUACGCAAAGCAAAAGAGAAGAAAACGAAAAAGUCCAAAGGAACGACAUCCAAGGGCAAACGAGCGCGUGAUAGCGACGAAGAUGAUAGCGACAUUGACAUGGACGACGACGAAGGCGGCACUGGGGGCUUUGUGCGGACACGCGCAAUGAGGAAGCACAUACAAGAAGAAGAGCGGAAGCCCCUAGCCAAAAUCGACGGUGCAACCGUCGACGUGGACGCAUUAUGGGCGCAGAUGAACGCACCCGAGAGUCAGGCUGGCUUGACCGCCACAAAAGAAGCAAGCGAAUCCGCCCCCGAUCAGCAACAGACAGAUAAACCGACCGCGCAGGACCAAGACACCGGAGACACAGAACAAAAGCCGGACGCGCACGCAGAACAGAUGAUCAAGAUCAAGCGCACAUACAAAUUCGCCGGAGAAUGGAUCACCGAGGAGAAGGUCGUACCCAAGCACUCAGCAGAAGCCAAAGCGUUCCUGUCCGGCGGAGAAAACGUCGAAUUCACCGAAGAGGAAGCGGCUGCUGCAAAUGCUGCUCGGAAUCAGCGGCGACCGCUGCGCAGAAUCUCGCGAUUCGAUCCCAAUCCGACCGGCACGAUCAAGAAAAGCUGGGAGAAACAGGUUGUUGCUGAUGACAAGGAUGCACGCGGGCCAAAGAUCAAUACCGUGGAGAAAUCAAGGCUCGACUGGGCCUCGUACGUUGAUAAAGCUGGCAUCGAAGACGAACUGCGCAUGCACAGCAAAGCUAAGGAAGGUUAUAUUGGUCGUAUGGAUUUCUUGGGUCGGAUGGAAGACAAGAGGGAAGAGGAAAGGCGUGCUGCGCGGCUUAAGGGCAUAUGA